AUGUCAUUUGUUUGCGCAUGUGUUAGCGUGCUUUCAAAUUGAACAAUGCCAUCGGAUUCUGAAGUGAAAGUACCAGGCAAGCGUGCAGGAAGACCGGUUUUAUUAACAGAUUCGGACCGAAAAAGAAGGAAGGCUGAAAGAAAUGCCGUAGGCAACAAAAGCAAAAUCUACAUUGGUAACCAGUAUGACCGGUGGGCUACUUUAAAAGAAGAAAUUGGAGCGAAAUCUCACGCUGAAGUGGCAAAAGUAUUAUUAGACAGGUAUGAUGCGUAUGGUAGUCAAUGGAAUAAAACACCCGGGUAUGAAAGCAGUGCCUCAACUACAGUUGCAGGGCCGUCUGAACAGGACAAUUCUGUUUCAGAAAUUAUGGAGAGCACUAAUAAUUGGAUAACUACAUUCAAAGAAGAGCCAGCUGAUGAAGAACCAGAUGAAUCGAAUAGAUCCUGGAUAGACCAGGAACCAGCCAGAUUCAUGGAGGAAGAUGUCAAACCAGACAUAUCACAAAUAUCCUGUUCCAACAAGGAAUCAGAUCAUAUGUUAAUACAAUUGUCAGGAAUGUCUGGAAUGACACAUCUAAACAAAGCAGAUUCAGAGUGUAGGAAGCAGUGUGCAUUAGAACAAUCUAAAAGUUGUAUUAAUCCUUCUGAUUUCAGUAUUGAUAUUUCUGAAAAUGUUGAUGAUCUGAUAUCUGAUGAUGACCAUGAAGUUCAACCUAGUUUUAACAUAACACUAAGACCAAAUAUAGUAAAUGGUUCAGAGGACCAGGAAAUUGAAGAGGCUGAGGAUGACUCAACUGAAGGGGACAAGUCAAAAGAGAGAGUUAUAGGUAUUGGUCCAGGAGUGAAGAGAAUAACAACAAAAAAUAUUGACAAGUUUAUUUCAGAACAACCACUCUUGGUUUACAGAGAUUGUUUGUUGAUGUUAGCCAAUACAAAUACAGAUCAGAUUUGUACAAUGUCGGAUUGCAGCAGGCAGGUUGAUUUGAAAACAGAAACUAUUGGAUCUGCAUUCUAUAUCACCUGGGUGUGCAGAGAAGGUCAUAUACAGAACAAGUGGUGUUCUCAACCACUCUUAAACAGAGGGAUGCAUUGUGGGGAUGUGAUGUUGGCCUCUGCAACAGUUUCAUCAGGAAAUGAUUUCCAAAAAAUUGAAUUGUUUUGCAAGAUACUUGGCCUUCCUAUAUUGAAUUCUUCAACAUUUUCCAAAAUACAGAAAUCCUACAUCGUGCCAUCAAUAGAAGAGUACUGGCUGAGGCACCUUGAGGAUAUUUAUACAGAGUUUAGCAGAAGGGAAAUUGUAGUAUUAGGUGACAGAAGGAUGGAUCACUGUACACAUAACUGUACACAUACAUGUACAUACACAUUAAUGGAAAUGGAAUCAAAGAGGAUACUGUGUAUAGUUACCAUGGAUGAACCUAUGACUGAAGGCAAAAGUACCAGUCUGGAGAAAAGGUGUUUUGAAAAAGGUUUAAAGAUAUUGACAGAUGCUGGUUUAAAUAUCAUAGAAGUUGUUACUGAUUCACAUCCACGGAUAAAAGCUUUAAUGAAAAAAACACAGUAUGCUCACAUUAAACACUCAUUUGACAUCUGGCAUGGUAUAAAAAAUCUUGGAAAGAAAAUGAUAAAGGUAAGCACAUUAUAG